GUUUCUACUCGCUCUCGCGCCGCGCGCCGUGAAGCAUCACCAGGAAUCAACCUCGACAAGUCAAUCACAUCAGAAAAGACCACAAAAGAGUCCGCAGACUACUACUCCGGAGCACACGAUGCUGGCAUUUCNAAAAAGAAGAAGCAGAAGCCCAUGACCCGUGCCCAGCGCAUGCGUAAAGAGAAGGGCUUGGAGCGCGCCGAAGCGAAUAUGGAUGUAUUGCACACCAAGAAGGCCAAGAGCUUUGUCAGAGCGAGGCGGAUCGACGACCGAAGAGCGACCUGGGAGGCCAUGAACGACAAGACCAACCGCUUUGUUCAGCCCAAAGCCGCCAAGGGCUCGAAAGCCGUCGACAUGGACGCCAACUCAAGCGACGAGGAGAACCCUGGCAGACCGUCAGUAUUCGCCAUGCCCGGUGAUGAGUGGGAAGACGAAGACGAGCAUGUCGACGUCGAGCAGAACAUGGAAGCACCGAACACCACCGACCCUGUCAACAACGCUGCCAACAACGACGAUGACGAUGAGAUCCUGUAG